GUAGGUGAGGUAGGAAACAUAAUAUAACCAAGACACAGGGGAAGAAGGGAGAUGAAUAAAUCAUUGACUAAAAUGAAGAAUCUAUCUCUUUUAGUGGCGAUUCUCUGUGCGAUUUCCCUCCACUCAGUCGCUGCUACUUCCAGCGCCUAUCCUACCACCCCUGGUCUCGAUUCCGGCGACUGCACCCUCGCCGGCGGCGACAGUCUUCUCGUCCCUCCACGGCGAGAAGUUUACGAUGACGCCGGAAUCUACGACAUCACCCACCGGUACGUGCCUGAGAUGCCGGUGUGGAACUCCAAAGAGGGGUUAGGGCAUUUCGUGUGGCUUGCCCAGAGCAUGAAGAAUGGCUCAUGGGCUAACGGCUCAGAAAUGAAGCUCGGUGUUCACACUGGUACCCAUGUCGACGCGCCCAGCCACUUCUAUGACAAUUACCUAGACGCCGGCUUCGACGUCGAUACACUCGACCUAAGAGUCCUCAACGGACUUGCACUUUUGAUUGAUGUUCCAAGGGAUACAAACAUUACUGCUGAAGUCAUGAAGUCCUUGAAUAUCCCUAAAGGUAUAAGCCGUGUGCUCUUCAGAACAUUGAAUACUGACAGGCGGCUUAUGUUUAAGAAGGAAUUCGACUCAAGCUAUGUAGGAUUCAAGGAGGAUGGUGCUAAAUGGCUGGUGGAGAACACUGACAUCAAGCUUGUGGGAGUUGAUUACUUAUCUGCUGCUUCCUAUGACCACUCGGUUCCAUCUCAUCUUGUUUUUCUGAAAAGCAGGGAAAUCAUUCUUGUGGAAGGCCUAAAGCUUGAUGAUGUCCCAGCAGGAAUAUAUAGAGUCCAAUGCUUGCCUCUUAGGUUGGUUGGUUCUGAGGCCUCGCCAAUACGAUGCAUUCUCAUCAGAUAAUGUGGUCCAUGAAACAGCGUAGCCUCGAAGAGAAUUGCGGUGUCCGCAACCUCAAGGAGCUGUAUGAUGCAACGAAGCUGAUAAUGAUGUGUUGAAUAGUCUUAGUUUGCGUGCUUAGGUUGUUCAGUACAAAAUAAUGGUUAUGUAAUAAACCAGUGCUCUCAACAUUUAGUCUAGACAAUUCCUUUGUGCACUAUUUGAAGAUCCAUGUAUAUCUCAAUUCUCAAUAUUUAAAUGAACUUCUCUUUGAAAAA